AUGAGUUCUGUGAAAAAAGCAUGUGUUGGAAAUGGUGGUAAUGAAGCUGUGUUAGAAGUAAAUAAUAGGAGAGGGAAAGAGCAUUUAUUUAUUUUUAGCAUAUUUGAAGUUGGGUCAACAUCUACACAGCAAACGAGUAGAAAAAAUUUCCAAGAUAAGGUAAUGGUGAAGAAUUCAAAGAACAAAUUGGAAAAAAGAAAACCAGAACCUUUUAAGUUAGGCAUACUACCUGAAGUGUCUCAUGUUCUGCAAACACCGAAAUUUAAUCCAUAUAGUCAAUUUUUUAGAAGGCUUGGCAAUAUCUCUGACUUAGAAAAUCAAAAGAUACAAAUAAGGUGUGAUGCAGGUCUCAAUCAAAGGGUAUACAAUUCUCCUUCUGUAUCACAAGUUGCUGCAAUUUGGGUGGAUGAUGAUGUCAGUGCAGAAAAUAGGACCCGUGAUAUUAUUGUGUCUUCUCAUGAUGAAGUAAGUCGAAUUCAUUAUUAUUUUGGAUGUUAUGAUCCACUGCAAUAUCCAUUAUUAUUUCCCUAUGGAGAAACAAGAUGCCAUCAAGAGUUAAUUAUUGCAGAGACUAAAGUUCUCCAAAAGAAGCCUAGAGAAUUUCAAACGAGAGGAUUACCACAUGCACAUUUCUUAGUUAUAAUGAAACCAGGUUCAAAAAUUAUUAACACAGAUUCAUUUGAUAAAAUUGUGUCAGCUGAACUACCUGAUCAAGACAAGCAUGCAUAUAUAUUUUCAUUAGUUGUGAAACAUAUGAUGCAUGGACCAUGCAGGAAACUUAAUGAUAAGAAUAUUUGUAUGCAACCAAAUGGAAAAUGUAAAAGCCAUUAUCCAAAACAAUUUCGUAUGAAAACAGAAUGUGGCGAUGAUUCUUACCCAAAGUACAAGCGACAAGAUGAUGGUAAAAAGGCUAAAGUGCGAGGUCAUUGGUUAGACAAUAGAUGGGUUGUUCCAUACAAUCCUUAUUUACUAGCUAAAUUUAAUUGUCAUAUUAAUGUGGAAAUUUGCUCAACAAUCAAAGCUGUGAAAUAUUUAUACAAAUAUGUUUACAAAGGUCAUGAUCGAGUUAAUUUUGCUGUUGCUUGUAAUAAUAAGUUGGAAAUUAUUGAUGAGAUUACAAUCUACCAGUCUGCUAGAUGGAUUUCUCCUCUUGAAGCAAUAUGGAGAAUAUAUGGAUUUAUUUUGAUUGAGAUUUAUCCAUCUGUGAUAUCAUUGCAACUGCAUCUUGAAGACACCCAAAUGAUUACUUACAGAAAAAAAGACAAUCCCUCCAAAAUUAUUGACAAAGAUAUUUUUACAAGAUCAAUGCUUACAGAAGAGAAUAAGAUUUGGACUCCUAGAAAGAAUGGUUGUGUGAUAGGGAGAAUUGUUGCCGCAAAUCCUAUUGAAGGUGAACGGUACUAUUUGCGCUUAUUAUUGAGUCAUAUCAGAAGUCCUACAUCAUAUGAUGAUCUCAAGAUUGUUAACGGUAUUGUUGUCUCUUCAUUUCGAGAAUCAGCUCUUUUACAUGGUUUACUAGAAGGUGACAAUAAUAUUCAUCUAUGCUUAGAAGAAGCAGCUACAUAUCGAAUGUCCUAUCAAUUGCGUCAACUAUUUGCUACUAUUUUGAUAUUUUGUGUUCCUAACAAUCCUUUACUUCUUUGGGAAAAGUAUAAAGAAUCCAUGUGUGAAGAAGAUUAUAUUGCUAAAAAAGUGCCAUUAAUUACUGACGAAUCGAAAGCACUACAAGAAAUUAAUUUUUUGCUAGAGGGAGCUGGAAAAUGUUUGUACGAUUACGGUUUUGUUCACUCUCUUGCAAAAUUAAGACAACAAGAGCAAAUUACAAAAAUGAUCAAUGAAGAAAAACAUAUAUCAGUCUCUAAUGAUGAUCUACUAUUAGUUGAAACAUUGAAUAAAGAACAAAAAAUUGCAUUUGAUUUAAUUUUUGAAAAAGUAUUAAAACAGGAAAGUGGAAUAUUCUUUGUUGAUGGCCCCGGAGGUACAGUAUCAUCUGGGGUUGCAGCUGGUAUAUUACCAGGUGGCCGAACAGCACAUUCUAGAUUUAAGAUCCCGCUUGUAUUUGAUGAAGGUUAUAAUAUGCUUAUUUAA